CAUUUCGGUGGGUUAAAGAAAUCGGAGGUCGUGCUUGGCACCGGAAGCGCAACAUUAUCACCCAGGCUGAAAACCUCUCCGUCUGUUUAUAUUUUGGUAAAUUUGUCUUGUUCAACUGCUUCAGACACAGUUAACUCGUCUACAUUUUACGACAAGACGGUUUGGUUAUUACUAAACGACCCUCAACGUAACAAAACUGGCCCCUCCACUGUCUGUCACUAUGCCUGCACUGCUGGAGAGACCCAAGUUGUCCAACGCAAUGGCCAGAGCCCUCCACAAACACAUCAUGAGGGAGAGGGAGCGCAAGAGACAAGAGGAGGAAGAGGUGGACAAAAUGAUGGAGCAGAAGAUGAAAGAGGAGGAAGAGAGGAAGAGGACAAAAGAAAUAGAGGAGAGGAUGUCUUUGGAGGAAACCAAAGAACAGGUAAUGAAGAUGGGGGAAAAACUUCAGGGACUCCAAGAAGAGAAACACCAGCUCUUUUUACAGCUUAAGAAAGUACUUCAUGAAGAGGAAAAGAGGCGCAGAAAGGAGCAGAGGUAUGAUAUCACAACAUUGACGUCAGCCAGCUACCAACCCAGCCUGCCAAUGCACGCAGGGCAGCACCUUCUCAGCAUUCAAGGCAGUCCAGUCAGCCACAGUCGACCUGGUGCACUUCUUGGAGAACGUAGUAAACAACUCUUCCCAGCUGCUGUGAUUCCAGCUCGUCACUAUCAGACGCCUGGAUUCAGCUCGGGCUCAGCCGAGCACGGACAGUUCAGCGGGGGCCAAGGGGUCCAUGAGACCUAUGGGGUGGCUCAGGCCCAGCAUCCCUCCACCUACGCUCCUGGACCAUCCGUACCUGUCAGCUUCGCGAGCAGCUCUCAGAUCAGAGGUGCGUCUGCGUUUCAAGCCAUGCAGUACCUCCCCCACCAGCAGACUGGCUACCCCGUCCACAGCCACUUCACCUCCCAGCCUGGAUACAUUCCUGGUGCAGGAAUACCUCUCCAGAAGCAGCUGGAACAUGCCAACCAACAGUCCGGCUUUACUGAUGCAAUGUUCUCACAGGGUGCUUUGAGGCCUAUGCAUCCACCAGCCAUGCAUCCUUCUGCUCCAGGACUGCUGCCCACACCAUCGAUGGCGGUCCAGAUUCCCACUGCAAAGGCCACGUUCCAGACCUCUCCCCAGAGUGCUCCUCGUCACGGCUUCCUCCCCCACAGCCAGAGCGGGCAGAGGUUCUACCACCAUGGGAAGUAGCUCAAAGCCACCUUCACCUUCAUCGUCACUGAGACUUCACAGCUUCGCUCGAGACUCUGGAGAACCUUUUGGACGAGUAAUUGAUCGCCUUCCUCAAAGACAGUCAUUUGGCUGGAUCGUGCCAUGUGACUUGUGUUUUUAUUUCCUGUACAGUGUCUUUUUAUUUUAUUUGUGAACGCGUGAUCAGCAGUCCUCGUGCGUAUGUGCUUCUGUAAACAUCCAACAUUGAUUUUUAUUUUAUUUCUUGCAUAAUUAUAACUUCAAAUUAUAUUAAUUUGUAAAAUUGAUUAUUAUUUUACCGACACUGUAAAGUUAUUCUGGAGGUGCUUAUACGCAUUAAAAUGUUAAUAUCUUGUAAAAAAAAAAGACUGAACCAGAGCUUAUUCUUUGUAUACUAAUGUUCAUGAUUACAACACUCAGUGACUUUGCCUUUGAUUAGGGGAAAUGUUCAGUAAUUUAGAUCAUGUGGAUUAAAUCAACAUGUUCCCACUAAAGUCACGCUGAUGAGCACGACUGUGACUGAAACACAUCGACCAAACUGACAGACUGUUUCACUGUGUUGCUGACUCCUGGUUGAUCACAUUAGACCACUUGGGGUUGGUUACCACAAAGGUUUUCCAGUGUUCUGCGUUGUCCUCUUCGACAGAAUAUAUGAGGUCCGAGUCUCCUGCUGUUUUAACGCUUUUAUGUUGCCUAAUAAAAACGAUAAGCAAACGCAACGUC